CUCAGCUCUGCGAGUGCUGGUUACGGAUAGCUGAAGUGCCGUUUGUCCGAGGUGGUCUUUUUUUUCCUGCCUGGUUAUUUGUGGCCUCGAUGGGUACAGACUUCGUAAAUGCUUUUUAAGAAUACAAACAGCAGAACAGCGCAGAGCGGCUCCAUUGAGAGCGUAGGACUUGUCCUCUACUUACCAGGCUUCUAUUUCACCGGCGAGCCUCCUUGGGAGUGAAACUGAAGCUUUCUUUAUAGUUAUCCCCCAUCUCUUACUUGUCCAUUUUGUUGCAUAGUUUGCCUCUUGAAACAAAAUAACUGCAAAAAUGAACAGCUUCAGCAACGACGACUUUGACUUCAGUUUCCUGGAGGAAGGUUUCUGUGCCAGGGAUAUUGUGGAGCAAAAGAUCAAUGAAGUGUCCUUAUCUGAUGACAAAGAUGCCUUUUAUGUUGCUGAUCUUGGUGACAUUGUGAAAAAGCAUGUACGUUGGUUUAAAGCACUCCCACGUGUCACUCCAUUUUAUGCUGUAAAAUGCAAUGACAGCAAAGCCAUCGUGAAGACUCUCUCCCUCCUUGGUGCAGGCUUUGACUGUGCCAGUAAGACGGAAAUCCAACUAGUACAAAGUAUUGGAGUGUCAUCUGAGCGAAUUAUCUAUGCAAAUCCAUGUAAACAAGUCUCCCAGAUCAAAUAUGCAGCUAGCUGUGGUGUUGAGAAGAUGACUUUUGACAGUGAAGUUGAACUAAUGAAAGUGGCAAGGAAUCACCCAAAUGCAAAGCUUGUUCUGCGCAUAGCAACUGAUGACUCAAAAGCUGUCUGCCGCCUCAGUGUAAAAUUUGGUGCCACCCUUAAAACAAGCAGGCUGCUUCUGGAGCGGGCAAAAGAGCUUAAUGUGGAUAUAAUUGGUGUAAGUUUCCAUGUUGGCAGUGGCUGCACUGAUCCUCAGACUUAUGUACAAGCUGUCUCAGAUGCACGAUGUGUCUUUGACAUGGGGGCUGAGCUUGGAUUCAACAUGCAUUUACUUGACAUUGGUGGAGGAUUCCCUGGUUCAGAGGACGUUAAACUGAAGUUUGAAGAGAUUACAUCUGUGAUAAACCCAGCCCUGGAUAAGUACUUCCCAGUAGAUUCUGGAGUGACCAUCAUUGCUGAGCCUGGGAGAUACUAUGUGGCCUCUGCUUUUACACUCGCAGUUAAUAUCAUUGCCAAGAAAGUUAUGGUGAAUGAGCAAAGUGGAUCUGAUGAUGAAGAGGAUGCUGCCAAUGACAAGACCCUGAUGUACUAUGUGAAUGAUGGCGUGUAUGGAUCUUUCAACUGCAUCUUGUUUGAUCAUGCACAUGUCAAGCCAGUUCUAACAAAGAAACCUAAACCAGAUGAGAGCUUCUACUCAAGCAGCAUUUGGGGACCAACCUGUGAUGGAUUGGAUCGUAUUGUGGAAAGGUUCGACCUGCCAGAGCUACAAGUUGGAGACUGGAUGUUAUUUGAGAACAUGGGCGCCUACACUGUUGCUGCAUCCUCAACAUUCAAUGGAUUUCAGAGACCAACCCUUUAUUAUGUAAUGUCAAGGCCACACUGGCAACUCAUGCAUGAUAUUAAAGAACAUGGCAUUCUCCCUGAAGUACCAGAACUGAGCGCACACCGUGUAUCCUGUGCCCAGGAGAGUGGCAUUGAGCUUGCCCCUACCAUCUGUCCUACUGCCAGCAUCAACGUAUAGGCUUAUUAACAAACGCUGUAGUUCAACUGCAACUUUAGUCUUGGGACCAUUUAUUUAAAUUUAACUCAUUCUUUUUUUCUAGAUUGUAUUUGCCAGCAUUAAUGCAACAAAAUGGAUGACUGUGAGAUGGGGUCACAUUAUCUGUGUUCCUAUGGAAACUUUUUUUUAUGUUUUUUGAAGUAUAUUGGAGAUGCAAAUUAUCACUCAAGCAUUUGUAGCUUGUGUAUUGCCAGUCAGCAUCUUCAUUGACCAGUUUUACAAAUAAAGUGUUCAAACAA